CAUGCGUGUUUUAGUUGACUAGCGGUUACUCAGUGAAGUAUGUGGUCAGUUUUAAUAUGAAAAUACUCUUAGUGGUUACUCCUGCGUGUUUAUUUGUCGGCUUCCUCGUGUGUCGGACAUGUCUGUGAACGUAUCAAAGCACGAGCUGAUCCAGUUGAUCUACCGCCAUUUGAAGGAGCAUGGUUUCCAGUCAGCUGCAGAGGAGCUGGAAAAGCACAGCCCACAGGGGGAGACAAAAAUAUCUGCAUCGUUACUAGAGAUCUACAGUUCAUGGUUAAAUGACUCAAAAAAGAAAAAGCGGUCUAACUCAGCCAAGCAAGCCAAGUGUAAAGAACAAGGAAGGACUACGACUAAAGCCUUGCAAACAAAAAAGACAGAUAAACCAGGAAAAAAAGCAGAGACACAAAAAAAGAAGGCCGUGCCUGCAAAAAGGAAAAAAAGUGAGGGAAAAUCUGCAGAAAAUGUCACCAAGGCAAAGAAAUCAAAGACCCAAACAAAAGACAAAGUUGUAGCCGCUGGUGGAGAUGAUUCAGACUCUGACAGCAGUCUGGAUGUAGAGAAAUGGAAGAAACUGGUCCUGCAGUUCACAGAGGCUGACAUAGACAAGAUGGAGACCAUCAACGCUCUGGACUCUUCUGCACCAAAACCCAAGAAAACAAGCGUCAGAAAACCCCGGGCUAAGCCUCCCGCAAAAACUGACACUCCCAUUCAGAAUAAUGGGACUGUUGAAAAGAAUGAGCAGGUGGAGGAGAAAGCUAUAAAAGACACGCCAACAAAGAACAGUAAACGCAAGAAGAGCAGUCCAAAAAAUACUGCACCUGUGACCUCUUCUGCCACCCCGAGCCAAGAAAAAAACCCCAAUGCUGUAGAGAACAGACUAACUACAACCACUCUCUCUCCUUCAAAACAGACACCAAUGAAAGAGAAAAGAAAAGCUGUGACUCCCAGUAAGGAAGAGAAUGAUGAGACAACAUCUGAGCCUAAGAAGAAGAAGAAGAAAAAGGGGAUGACUGAAGACAACGUGGAAGGGAAUGCAAAUGUGACUAGCGAAGAUGGAAAAGAAAAAGAGAGUAAAGAGGAGAAGAAAAAAAAGAAUGACGUCGCAGAGCGAGAGUGUGUUGAUAGACCUGUAGAGGAGAGGAGAAAGACAAAGGGAAGAAAGGGAGAUAGCAAGAACAAUGAGACUGGAGGAGAAUUAUUAGAGAAAAACAAAAAUGGGGAUGCUGAUAAUGAGGAAAUUACAGAGCCAAUAGUACAAGAAAAGAAACCCAAGAAGAAGAAGAAGAAAAAGGAGAAAAUUGAUUGUGAGGAAAAUUCAGAGCAGACAGCUGAAGAAAAGAAAGAAAAGAAGAAAAAGACAGCUGAAAGUGAGGAAAAUCCAGAGCAGGUACCUGAAGAAGAAAAAGAAAAUACAGAGCAAAUAGAAGAAGAAAAGAAAACAAAGAAGAAGAAAGGAGAAACUGCUAAUUAUGAAGAAAACUCAGAACAAAUAUUUAAAGAAAAGAAAGCAAAGAAGAAGAAAAAAGAAAAUCCUGACGAAGAAAGUUCAGAGCAGAUAGUUGAAGAAACGAAAAAGAAAAAAAAGGACAAAGCUGAUCAAAAUAAGUUGUCAGACCAGAUUAUUGAAGAAAAUGUGACUAUGACAAAGAAAACGGAGAGCAGUGACAGAGAGGAAAAGCCAGAGGAGAAGAGUGAAGUGAAGAAGAAAAAGAAAAAGGACUCAUCAUUGAAAAACAAUUCAGUUGACACAGAGCCACUACCUCCACCCAGCCCUGAGAUACCAAGUCCUCCAUCAGAGAAGAAGAAAAAGAAAAACAAAUUGAAAUCAGAUGAGAUCCCUGAAACACCUGCAGUUUCAGUCCAGGAUGCCACAGCAUCACAAAUACUCCAAACACCCUCCAGUGACAGCCACAAAAAGAAGAAGAAAUCCUCCAAGAGCACAGAGUCAUGAAGAUGUUUGAUUCUACAUCAGUGCUGAACCCAAGGAUGAAGUUAACACAUCCCUCCACAUUAUUUCAAAUCAUAGUUUAAUGGUUAAAAGGAUCGCUUCAAACUGUAAAGAUGACUUUUUGACUUUUUUAUUUUGGUACAUUUUUAUCUUUUAAAUUUGUUUUGUGUUUACCACACAGAAUGUGGCAUACUGUGCCACAGCUGUCUUUUUUACUCAAUGUUUUGUAUGGUAAUUACCAUUUUAAUUGCAUGAUUAUGUAAAAGAGAUUGUAACCAGUUGUUUCACUGAUUGAAUGGACGUGCCAUUUUUGAGCUCAAUGUCCUUCAGUCUGAGGAAUUUGUCCCAUUAUAAUCGAAACUAUCCUGGGUCUUUGAAUCAUUAACCGUAUCUCAGAUUUUAUAGUGAUUCAGAUAGAAUAAUGAAAUGAAUGUUGUCAGUAUGUUUACUACUGUACCAUCUGUCUUGUAAUUGGCACAGAAGACAGAUUUUGUGGAGAAAAAACAAGUUUCAGGUUUAUUAAAAUAAUACUGAAAUAGCUUAUUUUGGUAUUGGGUGAAAGUUCAGUGUUUCCAAAAAAAAGUUUUAUGAUAAGACUUUCAUAUAUACAUUGUACAUUGUGCUUUUAAUACAAAUUAAACGCUAUAGUUUUUUUUA